UGGGUCUUGAGGAUGGUUUUCUUACAUAGAACAGUAACUGUGUGGGGUUCUCUGUGGAUAACUUGUUCCAGAAUGUUCCACACUCCCCAUCUGUGACAGCUAAUGAAAAGACGCACUGAUGCCAGUGGUUUAUUUAUAACCAGCAUUGAGGAGUGUGACAUUUGAUCGCUUUAGGUAACUGGAGACACACAUGGAGUUGAAUCUCAAUAUCAGGUACAAACUGAAAUUUUGUUUACUGGCUACAAAGCUCAGAAAGCAAGUUAAACCCACGACUGACAUUAAGAGUUCCAGGAAAUGACAACAUUUGUGGUGGUGCCAUUUAGACAUACGGGGUGGAAGUGAAACUGCAACGUUUAUUUCAGCUCGCUCUCUCUGUCACCCAGCAGCUACCAAUGGAUAGGUUUAAGACGAUUCUGAAUAUUGCCAGCAAGCAGACCAACCUUGGUUUUGGGUUGGUUGCUCUGUUGACAGCUGGAGGCGAGCAGAUCUUCUCCUCAGUGGCAUUCAAGUGUCCCUGCAAUGAGCUGAACUUCCUGUAUGGCUUGGUCUUCCUGUUGGUUCCAGCAUUAGCUUUGCUGCUGCUAGGUUAUAUUCUCAGCAAAAAGAUGUGGAUAUUGUUUACUGGUCUUUGGCACAACAGGGCAAAGUUGUGUUGUUGGAAAAACCUGGCCGCCACUUGCACAGCUUUCUUCCAAAUCAGUUCCACAGCCCUGGUGGCACCGUCCACCUGGUUUGCUGUUGCUCUGCUUAAUGGUAACUAUUAUGAGUGUGCAAUGACUGGAACCAAUGUGAGUGUUUACAACCAGUAUUUGUGCAAAGAUAUGAAUUCUGAGUUGGACUGUGCAAAGAAACUUCACAUGCUUCCUUGUGAUAAACGUAAUGAGGAGGUUCUGCGUACAUUAAGAUCUCAGUCUCAGAUUCUAGGUUGGCUUGUCAUCACCUUCAUCAUGUUGUCCAGUUUACUGAUCAUCUGCCUGGCUCGCUGCAAUUCGCCCAUCAGCCACCAUCAACUCAAGUUCUGGAGGGCAUAUGCUCAGGAGGAAAGUGAGCUCAUGGAUUUAUACACCAAUAAACACGCUAAAGAUCUUGCUGAGAGAAACCUAAAGAGCUUUUUCAACCAGAUGGAACCUGCAAACAUCACCACUCCCUCCAACAAGGACUGGGAGAAAAUUUCCUUAUUAUAUAAGUUUAGCACCAAAGAUCACUUCUACAGCACUUUGCAUCGAUAUGUGGAGACAAACCAGGAGGGUGAUGGGAUUAGGAUGGUUUCAGUAAGAUCAAAUGAGUCGACUGACAACCCUGCUGUUCUCCAUUUUGUGGAUGAUGGAAUGGUUUCAAUAUAAAAAUAAUUGAAAUUGAUAGAAGAAUAAAGCUUAGGAUAUAUUUCUAAACACGGUAUAAGUGAAUUUUCUUAAGUUUAAAAGUAUAUGUGUGCUUGUGAAGACUCAUGGCGGCUGUAAGGAGUCAUGAUUUGAAGGAUUUUGGUUUGGUAUAUUUUGUCUCCGUUUCGUAUUUUUGUGGACUUAUGUUAAAAAUUUCUACUUACUUUUGAAUUUGACCAUAUUUUUGCUAUUGUUUCAGAUAUCUUCAUGUUUUCUUGGUAAUUCUGUUAGGUAACCAAUUGUUGGUUAAUUCCUCACCACUGCUGAACACCAGAAAUCAUUCCUGUGUCUCCCAUCCAGUUAUCACUGUCCCUCUAUACAUCCUCUCUGUUUUCCAGAUCUUCUUGUUUGCUCCUGUAAAUGUUUCCUAAGUCCUUGUGUCUUUGGAUUACAAUGCAUGUUAAUUAUUGUCUGUAAUUUUUGGAGGUUUUUUUCAUCAUUAAAGACUCAUUUAUUUCCACUC